AUAUUUUUUAAUUUGGCGGCAAAAUGGAGAAAGAGGGUGAGAGUAUCACAGUGUUCAUUAGAGUCCGUCCUGUUAGUUCAUAUGAUACCGAACCAGUACCAGCCACUAGCAGCUGUAUCAGUGUGACCACACCCACCACUAUAACCAUCAACACUAAACCAGACCCUAAACUAUUCACCUUUGAUCAUGUGGCGGAACACAACACUACACAGGAGGGCGUGUUCUCAUUAAUUGGUAGACCAAUCAUUGAUGGGUGUAUGCAGGGAUACAAUGGAACUAUAUUUGCAUAUGGUCAGACUGGUUCAGGGAAGACGUUCACAAUGAUAGGUCCCUCUGAUGAAGGUAGUGAUGGAUACAUUCAUGAGUACAGAGGAGUCAUCCCAAGGAGCUUUGAAUAUUUAUUUAGUUUAAUAAACAGAGAGAGACAAAAAUUUGGUGAUAUGGCCCAGUUCUUGUGUAAGUGUUCAUUUAUUGAAAUAUACAAUGAACAGGUUUAUGAUCUACUGGACCAAUCAAACCAAGGACUACAUUUGAGGGAGAGCAUCAAAAGAGGUGUGUAUGUUGACGGGAUUGUUGAAGAAAUAGUCACCACGGCAACCGAGACAUACCAGGUAUUACUGAGGGGGUAUACUAACAGACGUGUUGCUGGUACUUCAAUGAACAGAGAGAGCAGUAGGAGCCAUGCAGUCUUCAUGUUAUCAGUGGAAUCUAAACUGAAAGAGGGUGAUGAUGGAGUGUGUAAGAUCAGGAGCUCAAAAUUGAAUUUAAUUGAUCUGGCAGGAUCAGAGAGACAGAGGGACACUCUUACUGAUGGAAUAAGACUAAAAGAGGCUGGUAGUAUCAACAAGUCCCUCUCAGUGUUAGGUAAUGUGAUAACCUCACUGGUGGAUAUCAGUAAUGGGAAGCAGAGACACAUUCACUAUAGGGACUCUAAACUAACCUUCCUACUGAGGGAUUCAUUAGGAGGUAAUGCUAAGACUACACUGAUAGCUAAUGUACACCCACUGAGCAGGUGUUUUGGUGAGACGCUGUCAACUUUACAAUUUGCCAGAAGAACAAAGAUGAUUAAAAAUAAAGUUGUUGUUAAUGAGGAUAUGUCUGGUAAUGUCACUCAAUUACAAAAUGAAAUUAAAAAAUUGAAACAAUUACUAUCGACCAAUCAGAAUGCAGUGGGUGGGGCUGUUGGGUGUGGUCAAGACAAUUCUAAAGAAAUGUUAUUAACAUGUAUCAGGGACAAAGAGAGACUGGAGGAAGAGAAAAUGUUUUUAUUAGAAAAAGUUGACAAGUUACAAGAAUUGAAUAAAAGACGUGAGAAAUCGUUACAGUCCAUUAAGAUGAUUCUCAAGUUAAGAGAUUCUCAUAUUUCUAAAUUAGAGUCAAAGACUCUGCCCACAACUGAUGACAUCAUAAAACGACAACAAGAAGAAAUCAAAGAAUUGAAUCGCUGUAUUGAUCACAAUCCAAUGGUCACUAAAUUUGCGGCUGAAAAUAUUGAACUAAGAGGUGAGGUUAAGCGGCUCCAGUCCCUAUCAGUUGGUGAUGGGUUGUGGGCGGAGCUAACUCAGUUGAAGACGUACACUCGACAGUUGGAGAAGCAGUUGAGUGGGCGGGUCAAAGAAGAGGCUGGGCCUUCUGUUGCCAUGGAAACCAGUAAACUCAAUUGUGAAAUCGAGAAGUUGCAUAAGCGCUGCCAAAAACUGCAGACUGAAGUUACCAUGGCUCAGGAUCAGUUGAAUUUGGAAAGAGAAGAGAACAAAGUUAAAAUAUUUUCACUUGAAACUUCAUUGAAGACAUCAAAUAAGAAAGUUAAAGAUUUACAAUGCACUAUUGAUUCAUUGAAAGUGUCUCAUUCAAUCGAAAGGGAACAGGCCAACACUACAAUGAAGACUAUACAAGCUGUGACCACACCCCUCUUAGCAAGAUCAAAAUCAGUCACUAGUACUCCAGUAUCAAUUAGAGGAGUGGGUGGGGUCAAGGCUGUGGCAAUGGGCGGAGUCAAGCGUCAGUUCUUCUCACCUUUACUGCCAAUAAAGAGGAACCUAGCAGAGGAACUGAUUGAGGAGGAGGGAACGGGACUAGGGAAAGGGGUGGAGCCUGUAGAACAAGAAGAAGUGGAGUCAGCCAAGAAAGGGGCAGAGCCAGAGGAGGAGAAAGGGGCGGAGUCAUCUGGUAAUGAUAUUCAUGAGCUAUUGGAGACGAUACAGAAACUACAAACUAGCAAUAAUGAAUUAAUUAAGAAACUGGAGUCCAGUGAGGUUAAUGUCACUUCAUUGAAAUCAGAUAACGAGUUGUUGGGUAUGAAGUUAACAGAAAUGGAGUCAUUUUAUAAACAAGAACACCAACAACUGGAACAACAAAUUAACGAAUUACAAACUAACAUACAAGAAAUGACAUCAAGAAACACAAUGUUGGGUGAGGAGGUGGUUGAUCUGAGGGUGUGUCUUGGUUCGGCUGAUAAAGAACUAAUUGAAGUGAAGAAAGAAAAAGAGAAAAUUGAAACUGAAAAUAAACAAACAAUGGAAAAAGUAAGUGAUUUGGAGCAUCAGUUGAUAACUAAAUCAAGUGAAGCAGAUACUGUCAUACAACAACUGACAACAAUUGAAAAUGAACUGGAGACACUAAAAGAUGAGUUGCUCUAUAAAGAUGAUCUGUUGACUGGAAAAGAUAAAGAAACACUGGAACUAAAUCAGACAAUAAAGUCACUCCAGACCAACCUUCAGGAAUUGGAGGAUGUGGUUGCUAUGGAGACGGAUAAAUCUGAUAGGUUGAUGAGGGAGAGGGCGGGGUCAGAGGAUGAGCUGACACUAGUGAUGAAUGAGAGGGCAGGACUAAUGAAAGAACUGACUUCAUUGAAAGAAGAAUAUGAAAGCAAGGUUAAUCUCUUGUCUGAUGAGUUACAGUCAUUAAGUUCCAGUAGUUCAUUAUUACAGUCCCAGUGUUCAGAUCAAUUAUCAAUUAUUAAUGAAUUAACACAGUCAGUCUCCUCACUAAAGGACUCUAAUAAUACCAACGGGGCACUCCUUGAUAAUAUGAGACUGGAGCUUGAGGAAAAGGGGAGGAGCCUAUCUGUUGCUAUGACAACCAACGAAGAACUGGUCAAUAAAGUUGAUAGUUUAUUAAUUGACAUUUCAUCUAAUAAAGAGAAACAUAAUAAAGAAAUACAAGCUAAGGAUAUUCAGUGUGAAAUUCUUGUUGAAGAAGUUGAUUAUUUAAAUAAAUUAUUAACUGAGUUACAAACUAAACUGGAGACAGCAGAGAAAGAGAGUGAAGAGAAGACACAAUCCAAAGCAGCAAUGGAAGAACAGUUAUUAGUGAAGGAGACUGAGAUACAGCAGUUGAAGGAUCAUCAAACUGAAAAGGAACAGCUACUGGAGCAAGUAAGGUCCAUCACUGAUGAUGACGAUAUUUUUGGAUUUUUUGAUACUCAAACUGAACGACUGAUGGGGCUGGAAUCAGACAAGAAUCAAUUGAAUUUGAUAAUUAACGAGCUACAAGAAAUAAUUGAUAAUAAUAAUGAAAAGAUUAGAGAACAAGAAGUUGAAUUAUCAUAUUAUUCUGAGUUAAAGAGAGAUCACGAGUUAUUGAAGACUCAGCAGCUGUCACUGGAAUAUAAACUGGAGACAUACCAAACUGAACACAUUAACAGUGAAGGAGAGUUAUUAAAGAGAUUGGAGUCACUGAAAGAAGACAAUGAGACAUUACAAGAAAGAAUUAAUGCACUAACAAUGGAGAAUGAUACCAUCAGCAUAAGACUUGAAGAAACUACACUGGAAUUGACUAGUUGUAAAGGAAGACUAUCAUUAUCAGAAGAACAGCUGAACAGGUUACAGGAACAAGAAGAAUUGACUUUUAAAGAGAAAGAGGAGCUUCGAUCAUCACUGGAAAUAUUACAAGAAGAGAAGUCAAAGCUACAACAAGAGUAUCAAGAGAUAGUGAAGGAGAAUGCUUCACUGUCAGGUCAUCGUAACUUGAGACAAAGGAUACAGUUCCAUGCUGACCUCAAGGAGAAGUACCACAAACUACUUGAAGAUCACAGGGUGUUGGAGGAGAAGUUCCAGUCCAAUUCAGCAGCUGUGGCUCAAGCACUACUGCUGAGUAAAGAACAACCGGUACCAUCACAACAAAGAAUGACCAGGAGCAAACUGAAGGGGAAGGAGAACAUUAGCAAAAUAGUUUAAUAUGAUUAUUAUUAUUAUUAUUAUUAUUAUUAUUAUUAUUAGUAUAUUUAUUUAGUUUAUUAUUGUUUUUCAACCCUUUACUUUAUAAUAAAUGCUGUUUAACUUA